GACUGCACACACGAACGUGGCGGCUCAUCUUGCAGACCAUCCUUUGAACAUCUUCUCACGACGUACAUGUCUUCGGCAUUUCCAUCCCUUCACUUCAGCGCUCAAGCAUAGCGGUGAAGCACAGCGAUUUUCACAAACCGACAAUGGCGGAUUACUUCAGCGAAUACUCCAGUUUCAUUGGAUCCAAAAGCCUCCCUUCCCCAGCCGGCACUCCAUACGAGACUCCCGACUACAUUCGCUCCAAGCGAUCCUCGAGAGCCACGGCCGCAUCUUCGCGCGAGCAGUCCUCCUCGCCGCCACCACUGCCACCAGAUGCGGACGAUGUGAUUCAAUCACGGUCGAGAGAUGGCAAAUACGGCGCUUUGGAUCCCCGGCGAUUCACCCCAACUCUCCACGCCUCGCUCGUCUCCGAGAUCCUCUCCUUGCGGCGAGAGAUAGACUCCAAGAACAACCUCGUGGAGAACUUGGAGACGAGCCUGGCAGAUGUGAAGAAUGAGAAUGAAGCUCUCAAUGUACAGCUCGCCAAGACAUCCACCGAUGUCCGUAAGGCAAAGCAGCAAGUGCAGCAAAUGGAGAAGGGGACGUAUGACGCCGUGGAUGCGCUAGCAAAAGAGCGGGAUCUUGCAGUCAGUAACGCAGAGGACCUCAAAAGCAAGCUGGACACGGCACAGAAAACUACACGCCGGCAGGAUGAAGAUGCGGAGCGCACGCAGCGGAUCUGGGAGGCGGAAAAGGAAAGCUGGGAUGGCGAGCGACGAGAGCUGGAGCGCAGGGUCCACGUCACGGAAUCGCGGCUACGUGCAGUCGUGCAGGAGAUGACCACUCAGCAAAACCUUGUUGAUGGCGAAACUGGGGUCAUGAACGACUACGAUGAGAACCAGUUCAAGGACAGUGGUCUCGGGAACGAGAGCGAUGCUGGUAGCAUCCGUUCUACGGCAUCGCCUACCAAACACCGCCGAAACACGAGCAGCAUCAGUCUCCGGCACAAGAGCCUGCGUGAUUCGGCAGCUGGCCGUGCGACAGCCACUCCGGAUGCUCACUUUAGACCCGGCCACAGUCUCGCCGACGAGCUCGAUAUCGAGGAAGAGGACGAGUAUGAUUUAGACUUCUUUGAGCAUCACGGCGAGGAGCUCGACCUGGAAUUUUCCGAGGAGCGUAGAAGAGCAAUUGAAUCCCGCCAGUCAUUGCACGCCGAUCCGGACUCCAAGGCGAAGCGGGUGCUUGGGUUGACCUCGGACAUGAUCGACUCGCGACCGUCUUCACCAGCGCCGCCAGAGACUUUACAGAAUCGGGCUAGUGUCAUUUAUGGCCUCGAGGCUGUCAAAGAACUUGAGCAACACACGAAGCGCCAAAGUGCCGCCUCGAAUGCGCCGGUGGCCCGGAACGUGCGAUAUGUGGACUCCGGGUUUCAGCCCUCGCCGCCACCGUCGCCUGCGCGAGAACAGGCACAUGGAGCGGCCAUGUCCAUGCCUAUUCCUUUGAUUCACGAGCCUUCAGUCGACAAAGACGUCGCUCCGGUCCGUCCUACCGGCCACCAGCAAGCGCUGGAAGUCGCGGACCAAUCUGUAAUGGCCCCCUUGAGCCCACCCGAGACUCCAGUUAAAGACACGUCUUUGGUUGGUGGUGAGGCUGUUCCCAUCGCUGCCGCGAUAUACAGCUCUGCAUCGACACAGACCGAGCAGCAAACACAAGAGGAUCGUCAAAAGCACCACAAGCACCAGUCGCGAGACAGCCUCAGUCCUCCAGACUACGUCCCAUCCAUUGCGAUUCACCCAUCAUCUCGUCCAUCAUCCCCGCGUCUCUACGUCUUGCCUCCUCGCACGAAGAACGCUUCAACGCAAGCCAGCCUCCCUGUCCCUUCUCGUAACGCCGCCGUUCAAACAGAGGAGAUUCGCGUGGACACCAGACCAGUGAAGCUUCCGGCUCAUCUUCUCCCUGGAUAUCUGCUCCCGAGCCCCGAGCUCCCCGAGCGCGCUACCUCGCGACUCUUGAAACGUUCUAGCGCAGUCGGCAUGCCGAAGGUCUCGACCAAGCCUACACGUUCUGUGCCGCCUUCAGCCGUGGUGUCGCCUCAGGAGAGUAGUCCGGAGAAGGUGCCGCGCGAUAGCAGUUCCAAGGAUCCGCGCGCGAUGCCCCUGAGGGCUAUCCCGCUUCCGCGCCCCGUUCUUUCCCCCGUCUUAUCCCACGGAGAUGCCUUUGGCGAGGGGCCGUUGAACAGAUCGUCCCAAUACGGCGUCACGAGGCCAGCGGAACUCAUCAGCUCGUCCUUGGCCAUGGAUAGAGAUCCUGAGCUGAGCGACGCCGAUACACCGACAAUCGCCGGGUUCGAUCCACAGGAUCUGGGUGGCAUACUACCAGGUAUCAUCCGCCCGCCUCAAGGGCGUUUCGGCCUCUCCGAGCCUCCCAAAGCCGUGCCGGAAGACAAGGAAAUCUCCCCUGAGCGCAGGCCGAGCACGUCAGGCUCACCUGGCGCCGCUCCGGGCCCAUCUGUUUCUAGCAGCAGAGCAAACUCCACCAACUCCCGUCCCAACCCUGGACGACUCAGCUCCUACAAACAUCUGAGGUCGCGGAGCAACAGCUUCGGCAGCCGGGCAUCCAGCAGCCACAGUUUGCAAUCCGUGGCACCGCCAUUCCCGAUCCCCAACAGGUCAAGCUCUCGAGUCAAUGGGAAUUCUCACAGUGAGGGUGCUCCAAGCCCGACGCCUAACUACUCGUACUCGGAUGUGUUUGGCACCCGCAGCCAACGGUAUAGCAAUGCACGCAACAGCAAGCAAGCCAGUCUGCGCAAAGUGCAAUCCGCUGCAGCCAUCAGGCCAGCGGCGCGCAGAACAUCUCCAGUGAAAGGACGUAGACGCCGACGCUCCCCGGAUCUCACUCCCGUGCAGUCAAUGUUGAUCGAGAGCCCAGCACGAACGCAGUUUCCUAUCCCCGAGCUUCCAACCCCACUGCAGACCGGUCCAUCCUUCAACCACUUCAAGGGUGCCGCGAGUCUGGAUGAAGGCGCCCCCCCGGCAACACGGCGCGAGUCGGAAGAGACGAAUCUUGUGGACGCAAUUGCAGCUACCAUGGUCGGAGAGUGGAUGUGGAAGUAUAUUCGCCGGAAGAAGUCUUUCGGCGUGCAAGAAGACUUCUCCAUUGCGGAAGAUGGAUCGAUUGAUAUUAGUGCCAGUAGCACGCGGCAUAAACGCUGGGUCUGGCUAUCGCCGUACGAGCGGACGAUUAUGUGGGAUAGCAAGCAGCCGAUUAACAACACUGCUCUGUUGGGGAAGAAGGGACGAAAACGUGAGUAGUCCCCAACAAUUGACUCCAAGAUGAAAUGCUAACAACACCACCAGUGCCAAUCCAGUCGGUGCUAGAUGUCCUCGACCAGACAGCGCUGCCCAGAAA